AAUUUGUUUGGAAAAGUUUAAGUGGCACGAAAAAAAGUGAAAAAAUAAGUUAAAUAGACUAUAUUUGUGUGAAAAAAGACUAUAAACACUUAAAAAAGACUAUAAAGAAAGCAGUGAAUUUGAAAUUCAAACGUAAAAGCUUAAAAAUAUUGAUUAUUGAAGUGCAUUAAUGUUUGCUGAGCGAAUGAAUAAUAAAGGAAAUCAUCAAGGAUACAAUAAUGAUAAUUCAUGGGGUGGACAAAAUGUGAGAAAGUCUUAUGAUUAUUAUAAUCAAAACAGCAAUCGAGGUGAUUAUCAACAACAUGAUGGCGGUAAUAAAAUUGAGCAACGAAUGCAAAACUUGCGUUUCGAUAAUAACAAUGGAUCGUCUGGUAACCAAAAGUCUGGUAACAAUGCUGAACAACAUAAAGAACCGAAGAAAAUGACUUGGGCAACAAUUGCCAGUCAACCAGCAAAGCCUCAGAUAAAUGCAAGUACAACAAUUAAGAAGAAGGGUCCAGGAAUCAAUAAGAAUUAUACAGAUAAUAAGGCUCCACCACCGCCUAUGAUUCCGGGUAAACAUAGUAUGGAAUUAAAUGAUGGUUGGGAUACACCGAAGAAUAAUCCAUUAGUUCCACCUUCUCCACCAAUUAUAACGGCACCGCCCGUUGAUUUGUCACUCGAUAAGCAAAAUUCGAAUUUUGAUGGUGAACCAAAUUGGCCAACACCAGGACAAGCUGAAUCGCAAGUAAAGGAUCAGCAACAAGGAAAUCAACAGCAACAACAACAACAUAAUUCUCAAAAUUCUAAUAAUAAUAAUCAUAAUUCACAAGCUCAGUCACAGCCACAAUAUAAUAACAGCAACAACCAUAAAUAUGAUAAAUAUGAUAAGUACGAUAAAUACGAUAAAUACGAUAAGUACGAUAAGUAUGAUAAGUAUGAGAACAACAAUCAGCAACGUGGAUAUCAGAUGAACAAUAGUAAUCAAAACAGCAGCAACAGCAACAAUUAUCACGGACGUCAAUAUAAUCAAAAUACUGGCCAAAAUCAACACUAUAAUAAUUCAAACUAUAAUGAUUACCAGAAACCUUAUCAUCAACAUCCAAAUCAAAUGCCCACAGCUCCACCACAAAAGUACGAUCAAGCACCAAUAACUCGUUCUAUGCAGGCACCGCUUCCACAACAACAACAACAACAACAACAGCAGCAGCAACAACAAGUGCCACCAGCACCAUUGUCAACUUCAUCGUCAAACGACUUUAAUAAAGGUUCUUCGAUUGAAAAGAUUGAUGAAAACGUUUUGGAUCAAUUACGUGUCAAGAAUCAAUAUAAUCCAUCUGAUUUGGACUUGUCCUUGGUUGACAAUGCACGAUUCUUUGUAAUCAAAUCAUAUUCAGAGGACGAUAUUCAUCGUAGCAUCAAGUAUGAAAUUUGGUGUUCAACCGAGCAUGGAAACAAACGUUUAGAUCAAGCAUUCCGUGAACGUGAAAAGGAAAAUGGCGUUAUUUAUUUGUUCUUUUCAGUCAACAGUUCAGGUCAUUUCUGUGGCGUUGCACAGAUGAUGACACCCGUCGAUUACAAUUCCAAUUCAAGCGUAUGGUCACAAGACAAAUGGAAGGGAUCUUUCCGUGUUAAAUGGGUUUAUGUUAAAGACGUUCCAAAUACACAAUUGCGUCAUAUUCGUUUAGAAAAUAACGAGAAUAAGCCAGUUACUAAUUCACGUGACACACAAGAAGUUCCAAACUCACAUGGAAUAUCAAUUUUGAAGAUUAUACACAGCUAUAAGCAUACGACAUCGAUCUUUGACGAUUUUACGCAUUACGAAAAGCGUCAGGAAGAGGAAGAUACUCGUAAGAAUGAAAAUGAUGGUGGCUAUCAAAAGCCCAUGACAUUGCCAGCAAGUCACCAUUCGACACAUAAUCGCGAAAAUAAUCAGCGUCAGCAACAGCAACAACAAUACGAAGGCGGUAGAUCAUUUGAUCGCGACUAUAAUAACGGAGGUGGAGGUUUUGAUCGAGGAAAUUUCAAUAACGGAAACAGUUUUAAUAAAUACAAUUCCGGCGGCUACAAUAACGAUUUUAAACCAUUCAAUAACGGACGAGGUAACUAUCAUAAUAAGAGAAACGACUUUCGUAAUGAUAGAAACGAUCGCAAUGGUGACCAACCUGGAAUUUAUCGAUCAAAAGAUUAUCAACAAAAUGAUGACUUCGGAAAUCGUGGGGGAUAUCGCUCGGAUCGUGGUGGAUCUCGUGGACGUGGCGGUUUUCGUUCAAUGAAUCAUAAUAACUAAGUGUGUUAAGGAAAUUAAAAGAAAAAAAAAACAAGUUGCAUAGAAAAAAAUAAUAAACUAAGCACUUAAAUUGAGCAAAAACAUGAACCUUUGCAUGAAAAAAUAAGUAAAAUUACAAUUAAUAAAAAAAUAUAAACAUUUAACGCUAGUUUGAAGUGGCCCAAACAUUUUUCGAUGAACAUUAUACUACAAAAAGUUAAAAAAAUGCAAAAAAAAAUAUAUAUUUUAAGUGGAAACAGAGUGAAACAAAAUAAAUACGGUGGGACUUUUUAUGCACUCCUAUAAACUUUAAUUCAAACAUAAAAAAAAACUUUCAAAAAUCCAAAAAAAAAAUAUUAAUUUUUCUAAACACUAAUGGAUGAACAUUUAAACAUGGAACAUUUGAUAUAUUUGAUGUUUAUAGUCUAAAUGAAGAAAAAAAUAAGAAACUUAAGAUAUAAGUGCAGUGUUUUUUGCCCGAAAAAAACAUGAAUUAAGUGAGAAAACAUAAAAAAAAGGUUAAAUUAACAUAAAUCGCAGAACAUUUACGAGAAAUGGAACUUAUACAAUAUAUUCUAUAUUAAAAUUUAAAUUUAAUGGAGAAAAAUAUGCAAAAAAAUCAAGUUUAGUGUCAAAAAGAAACUGUGCUUCAUACAUUCAUCAAUAUUUCAAUUAAUUAAAAAUCUACAUUUGAGAAUAAUUCGCUCGCGGUGUGUGACUGAAGAGAAUCCUCAAGAAGAUGAAGAUUAAAUAAAAAUAAUAAUAAUAAAAAUUUAGUGAAUAAACAAGUGAAGUUUUUACUUUAUUGAGGACUCUACUAGGUUUUUCAUCAUUUACCACACCACCCAAAACACGACACUACGACUAAUUCCUAGAUUUUUUGUUCUCUCUCAUAUUUUAUCUUAUUUUAUAUAGCAGGACUAAUCGCAAUCUACCCACGAAUUGGAGAAAUUCAACAAUUUUAGCUCUUAAUUAUUAACUUUAAAGCUGCUUUCUUUGUCAUUUUAAAGAGAAAUUCAUUCAAUUUUAUCAUUUUAUUGAGAAACUGAAGGACGUGGACGAGACAUUUUUAAUCCUUUUUUCUUCUUUGUAACUUUUAAGCAAUUAAUGUAACUAGUUAGAAUCAUAGAAUGUGUGAGAAAUUGUAAUAACAUUUAGUUUAAAACAAGGUUCAUAAAUACUUUGUAUAACUUGACUUUUUUGUUCUUUUUCUAAACAAACAACCGAAAACAUAAACACACAUACAUAUACACACUGAAAUCUGAAUUAAAUUACAUUAAAGAGAUGAUAAAGAUAAUGAUAAUAAAAGUAUAUCUAAUUUCAUGGAAAAGUA